AAAAUGAGGGACAAUUAGAGAUAGUAUUUGAUUGCAUUUUCUCACUUUCAAAUAAAGUGGCAAAAGAUCUUGCAUAUCUAAUUAUACUUGUUUGCAUGUCGAUCAAAUUUAUACUGUAUCAAAUUAUUAUUCUGUAGAAAAAAAAGUCCAAAAUUCCUAAUCAUCAACUCUGAUUCAUCAAGUAUUCAACACAUAUAUACUUUUCAAAGAAGACACCAACUUUGAACUGCAUGUGGUCUUUUAAGUUCAAGCUAGCAACUAUAUUCGGAAAGGAUGAAGCUUUCUUGAUUUAGGUUUUGGACUUUUAAGCCCAAAGAAGAUUUUUCAUUCCACACAGAAAAUCAAGUACAUUUGAGUCAGAAACUUGCUUUUUUGGAUAAAUUAAACAGGGAUAAUUUCCUCUGUAUACUCAUCAAGCUUAUUUGGUAAUGGGAUGUGAGUUUUCUAGACUCUGCUCUUUUUGUUCGUUUUGCUCUUGUUGCUGUGUUAUUGAACAGAAUGCGGUGACUGCUGAAGCCCAUGAUGUUGACAAAGGUGAGACAAGUGAUUUGCCUUCGUUUUGUGAAUUCUCUUUUGACCAACUUAAGACGACUACAUCUGGGUUUGCUGUGGAGAAUAUCGUCUCUGAACAUGGGGAGAAAGCCCCUAAUGUGGUAUAUAAAGGGAAGUUGCAAAAUCAGAGACAGGUCGCUGUUAAACGAUUCGAUAGAUCUGCAUGGCCUGAUUCGAGGCAAUUCUUGGAAGAAGCAAGGGCAGUCGGUCAGCUCCGAAACCCUAGAUUGGCCAAUCUAAUUGGAUGUUGCUGUGAAGGUGAUGAAAGACUACUUGUUGCUGAGUUUAUGCCACAUGAAACACUUGCAAGGCACUUGUUUCAUUGGGAAAAACAGCCUAUGAAAUGGGCAAUGCGAUUAAGGGUGGCACUAUAUCUUGCAGAAGCACUAGAAUAUUGUACGAGUAGAGGGCGUGCUCUUUACCAUGAUCUCAAUGCCUAUAGAAUAGUGUUUGAUGAUGAUGCUAAUCCUAGACUCUCGUGCUUCGGAUUGAUGAAGAAUAGUAGAGAUGGAAAAAGUUACAGUACAAAUUUGGCAUUCACUCCUCCUGAGUAUCUGAGGACUGGAAGGGUAACUCCGGAAAGUGUCAUGUAUAGUUUCGGCACUCUCUUGCUCAACCUUUUAAGUGGAAAACACAUUCCACCUAGCCAUGCUCUUGAGCUGAUAAGGGACAGGAACCUUCAGAUGCUUACAGAUUCUUGCUUGGAAGGACAAUUUUCAAAUGAUGAUGGAACUGAAUUGUUACGAUUAGCUUCAAGAUGUUUACAAUAUGAGCCACGUGAGCGCCCAAAUCCAAGAUCACUGGUUGCUGCUUUGACUCCUUUACAAAAGGAAACAAACGAGCCUUCACAUAUAUUAAUGGGUAUAGCAAAAGUUGGCUCUGCUAUGCCUUUAACUCCACUUGGUGAUGCCUGCUUAAGAAUGGAUUUGACAGCCAUACAUGAAAUUUUGGAGAAUUUAGCCUACAAAGAUGACGACGGAUCAGCUACUGAGCUGUCUUUCCAUGUGUGGACAAGUCAGAUGCAGGAAACGUUAAACUCCAAGAAGAAAGGGGAUGUAGCAUUUCGCCAUAAAGAAUUCAAAGCUGCCAUAGACUACUAUACACAGUUUAUCAAUGUAGGAACCAUGGUCUCACCAACAGUCUAUGCACGUCGAAGUCUGUUACAUCUUAUGAAAGAUAUGCCACAAGAGGCACUUGAUGAUGCUGUACAAACGCAAGUCAUAUCCCCGGUUUGGCAUAUUGCUCCCUACUUACAAGCUGCUGCACUUUUCACGUUGGGGAGGGAAAAAGAAGCACAAGUUGCACUCAAAGAAGGUUCGGUUCUUGAAGAAAAAAAAAACGUCUCUUAAAAGUUUAAAGGAAACAAGAUUCAAAAUCUCUCUUGUACAACAUCCAAGAAAACAUCACUUGAUUGACGAAUCAGCUUUCAACAGAUAAAGGUGCCAUCCUACAUGAACAGUACAAGCUUAAUGACAGAAAGUGUGUAAUUCAAUGCUUGAGUUUCAGUUUUGAUUUGGUUGUAUUCCUUCUUGUUUGUUUUCUUGAAGCAUUAUUUGAAGUAAAUUUGAUUGAUCUUGGCCGGGUUCAUGGCGACGCCACCGUUGCAAAGGUGGCAAAUGACGUUUUUUUACCAUUGGAGUGAUCUUUGAAGUUCAUUCAGAAUUAUUGGGAAUGGAUGGUUUAGGCAUUCAACUUCAUGUCAAUUACAUCCUUACUAGGUUAUUCUAUCUUAAUGUAAA